AUGACAACUCCCAAAGCUGACGAAGGGGAAGCGAGCUGUCGCGCAACGUCCAGGAAAAACCGCGUGUACAUUCUUCGCGACUUUUUGGAAUCCGCUUACGGCGACUAUCUAGUUCCGGGCGAUGUCGUUUUGGAUAUCGCUGGCGUAAAGGGGGAUUUGUCCUGGCUGUUGAGAAAUAUUCACGGCGUCGAUUCCGUUGUUGUGGAUCCGCGAGUGACCAGACAUGAACACAUUUUGAGAUCUGUAGAAUACUUGCGAAGGUAUCCGAAAGAGGCUCUGGAGAGGGCUGUUUCGGGAUUGCCCAGUCACCAACCACUCGCUGCACUCAUGCCUCGGUGCCAGCACAUUUCCGACUUUCAAAUUCCGCAGCAUUUGCGCAUACUGGUGGACGAUGACCUGGUAAACGCUAUUCGAAACGUCAGAGGUAACGAAGACUCGUGCCCUAUCGUCUGGGAAGAAUAUUGGGCAGCUGCGACAAGGAAAGCUCUCGAGACGAACACUCAAGGCUAUAGGGAAGCUAGAAGGCGAACGAAACAACAGAUCGUUGAUGCCGACGAAGCGUUACAAAUCAUUUUGCAGACACGGCUAGUUUUCCUUGUUGCGUCUUCCCUUCCGAGUUCGCCGGGCGCUUUCAGUACGACGGCAGUCCAGUAA